UGUCCCUGUUUCCUCUCUUUCUCUCCUUCUCUUCUUCUACUCCUCCUCGCCCCACAACCUCACCAAUAUCCCUCCCUUUCCCCCUCACUCACUUAAUCCUCAUACCCUUCUUCCGACAACGAAUUAAUACCAUGCAACAACGGCUGCAGUCUCGUCGCUUUCGGGGUCGCACUCGAGUCGCAUCCCUCCUUCUUGCCGUUCUUCUGCUCGACCUGAUCGCCCUUACAAGUUCACUCCCUCUCCUCCCUUCACACCGCUUCGAGGGCACCUUUGUCGGAGCAAUUGAAGAAAAGACCUUGCUUGUUGCGCUCGAAAAGCGUGCCCCUGCACCCCCGGUCAGCGCUCCCGUGGCGCCUACCUCUGCAAGUACUGAACAGGCCACAACCACAGAGGAGCCACCAAAGACCGCCACGACGGUCGAUCCACCACCCACGGCCACAACAACGGAGCCCCCGGUAACGACAACAGACCCCCCCGUAACGACAACCACAACCACUACAACCACUACAACAGCCAAACCCACCACCACCACCGCGGAGACCCACCCCACGACCACGUCUUCUUCUUCCGAGCCAGAGCCAACAGAGACAUCCACGCGUACCUCAGCGACUGGCCGUCAGACUACGGGAAGACCAACUGGCACAGGAGGACCCGUCAAUCCACCAAGCAGCCCGACCACCACCAAUUCAACCUCUCCUCCAACGGCUACGCCUACCAACGGGGAGAAAUCGUCAAAACCUCCAGUGCUGCCUAUUGUACUCGGCACUGUCCUUGGUCUAGGGGCCCUGAUCGGUGCUGGCGUGUUUUUCUUUUUCCGAUUCCGAAAGCACAGGCGAUUUGAUUCUAAGCGGCCUCUUAGUUUCUUAGCACUGUCACUUGAGGAUCCCGCGGGAGGUGCGGAGGCGGGAUCCUCAAGGGCUGCGGGAACGGAUGCAAUUUAUGAUGCGAAUCGACCAAUCACGUCCCAGCCAUCAUUGCGAUACACACCCCCGGCCAUGGCAGGGGUCUUGGGCAACAGUCGAUUCAGCUAUCAGACAUCUUCGGACCGCUCUUCUUCAACUGUGGGACAGUUCGCGCAAUGGAGCCAGGAUGAUGAGAACGCGGCGCUUGUAGGCGGACCCUCAAGACAGCAGCAGAUCAUGAUGACAGAGCACGGCCAGGAUGGAUACUCAGAUGGUCGGUUCAACGGGGGCCUGCACGCACAAGAGCAUGACCUGCUGUCGGACGACAAUGGUCUGCAACAACGCAGACCAGACUCUGAGCAAUCGUUCAUUGCCACCUCGAUGUUUCCUCUUGCACCCAAUGAUCCUCGCCGUGCAAGAUACAGCCGUCAGCAGAAUCAACCGCAGGGAGUAGCACAGGAACAGGAGGCGAUCACAGCGCGAGACAUGGGAGAUCCUCAACAGAUAUCUCCGACCUUGCCAAAAGAGAGCGUUCCCCUGCGCGCGUUGAACUCCAAUAGGCCACAAGAAGGUCCUGGAUCCCCGUUAUCACGGCCAUUGAGCAUUCAUUCCAACGCUGCCUCUGUGCUGUCCGUCAAGAACCCGACCGAAGUCCCUGGCCGUCAGCCGAGUGUUAGGUCUACUCGCAGCGUUGGUGGUGCUUCUAGUGGCGAGCCUGGCAAGGAGGGGCCUACCAGCCGUCCAUCAGGAGAGGGUCUUCAGUAUCUGUAGAAUAACAUAUCCGAUGUCUUAUAUGUCUGUGUAAUAAACUUCGAUGUUGCUUGUCAGACUAUGCGCAGCCGUCACGUUCAGCCCAGUUUCAAGAUGCAGGCGCGCCAUCAU